GAGAUGAAUAGGGACGAAACCCAAAACAGAACGGUAGAAAUGGCUUUCGAGGUUGGCAAAUCGAAACCAGGGCGGUCGAAGCCAGUCGACAUUUUCAGUCUGCUAUUCCUUAUUUUGGUUUCUAAUCUUCUUUGGAGAUCUGAUGCAAUUGGUUCUUCUUCUACUUCUUCGUCAUCUUCUUCAGUAGUGCAUACCAACAAUUGGGCUGUUUUGGUCUGUACCUCGCGCUUCUGGUUUAAUUAUCGACAUAUGGCCAAUACUCUAUCUUUAUAUAGGACAGUAAAACGGCUUGGAAUUCCUGAUGAGAGGAUAAUUCUUAUGCUGGCUGAUGACAUGGCUUGUAAUGCUAGGAACAAGUAUCCUGCUCAAGUCUUCAACAAUGAGAAUCACCAUCUUAACUUGUAUGGAGAUAAUGUUGAGGUAGAUUACAGAGGUUAUGAGGUGACCGUUGAAAACUUUCUACGGGUCUUGACUGGACGACAUGAAACAGCUGUUCCAAGAUCCAAACGUCUUUUAAGUGAUGAGGGAAGCCACAUUCUUCUAUAUAUGACUGGGCAUGGAGGAGAUGAAUUUCUUAAAUUCCAGGACUCUGAAGAGCUCCAAAGUCAUGAUUUAGCUGAUGCAGUAAAGCAAAUGAAAGAAAAGCGUAGAUUCAAGGAGCUGCUGAUAAUGGUAGACACUUGCCAGGCUGCUACUCUUUUCUCUCAGCUUCAUUCACCUGGUGUCUUGGCUAUUGGGAGUAGCAUGAAAGGUGAAAAUUCGUAUUCACAUCACCUGGACUCUGAUGUUGGUGUGUCUGUUGUGGAUCGUUUUACUUUCUACACCCUUGCAUUCUUUGAGAAGCUAAAUAUGUAUAACAGUGCUUCACUGAUCAGCCUUUUCAAUUCAUACAACCCAAGUAUGUUGAUGUCAACUGCAUAUUACCGAACUGAUCUCUACCAACGAUCUUUAGAUAAGGUACCUGUGACAAAUUUCUUUGGUUCAGUCAUGGAAACAAUUCAUGCAGAUUCAGCUUACAGAGGCUUCUCAGUCAAUGGAUCCAGGGUUGCUCAAAUAAAAAUGGUACAUCAAGCAGAUAGCCCGGCUGACCGAAGAACAUUGAUAGAUGGAACUCUUCAGGACCAAAUUAGCGGCUUGAACAGUAAGGAGAGAGAUGUUGGCCAUUGCCCAAUGAGUUCUUUGCUUAAUAAGUUGAAUGAUAUUGAAGAUGUCGACACCUUAGUGAAUUAUGGGCUCAUAAUUAUGAUAUCAAUGGUGACAAUUACUACUUGGCUAUCGCGGUGAAGUAAGAAGUUAAUGUAUGUCAUAUGGUGAUUAGCACUUGCUUGAAAUGAAUAUGCUGGACUUUGCACCAGGCGGAAGAUACAUUUUGAUUGGAGCAAGAACCUGAACUACAGAGAUGGAAGUGCUGCCUGUGCCCAUUAGAAAUGAACU